CUGCGCAACACUGUUGUUCUGGAUUACGGCGCGUUUUCGGUCCUUUACAACACGCGCGGACAACAUUUGAUGCCGAGCUAUAAUAGCUGAAAAUUAAUUUUAUAAUUUUGUACACACAUCGUUUUCAAAAACAUCAGCAUCAUGGCCACGGCUGAAGCCCAGAUCGGUGUGAACCGAAACUUGCAGAAGCAGGACCUCAGCAAUUUGGAAAUCAGCAAACUUACACCCCUCUCCCCGGAGGUGAUCUCGCGGCAGGCGACCAUCAACAUUGGCACUAUCGGUCAUGUAGCUCACGGCAAAUCGACGGUGGUGAAAGCCAUCUCCGGCGUGCAGACUGUGCGCUUUAAAAACGAGCUGGAGCGCAACAUUACAAUUAAGCUCGAACGCUUAAGCGAAAAGAAAAUCCAAAUACUUUUGAACUCCAAGCAGCACCGACAGCAAUAUGAGAUCAAACAGUUCCAUCGCCUUCGCCAUCUUGCCGAAUUGCGUUGCCAUAGACGCAGCUUGCGCAGCUCCAUGCCGGCACCACCAACGUCGACGACAUCGGCUACGGUUACGCCUACCAGCCUGCAGAGACGCACUAGCCGACGGAGCAGCAGUGGCUAUGGCAGUGCCCUGGGCUGCGAUGAGCAUGACAUGGUCCAAUUUGCACUAAAAGGAUCUGCUGAUCUGAAGCGGCGACGCAGCAGCGGCAUGAAUUCUCCAACCGCUCCCGGUCACAAGCGUUCAAAGAAUAACGAGGGAGUAAUGGUUAAAAAGCCACCCAAGGGCGAGUACAUUGUGGAGCGCAUCGAGUACGUCGAAGUGGUCCAGUUGCAGCCUGUUUUCUUUGUUAAAUGGCUGGGCUAUAAUGCCAGCCAAAACACAUGGGAGAGCUUUGACAAUUUAGCCGACUGUGCCAAAAUGGAGGAGUUUGUGGAUCGGCAAAUGCAGCUCUUCGAGAAGUACAUAGUCGCUGUGACCAGUGAGCUUGAGGAGCAGCUGAAAGCCAUACCGCCGACAGAAAACGUAUCUGUGGCCGAGGUAGAAGCAUUUGAGCCGCUAAAGAUGCAGAUUGAUCUAGUACUCCUGGCCCAAUAUCGGGCAGCCGGCAGUCGAAGCCAGCGGGAGCGGGGUAGGAUCGAAGAGCGAGCCCUGCGCAGUAUGCACAUCAAGCGGGCGAAGCUUUUGCGACAAAAGCAGAUUGUGGAUCUCGCCCUGUUUGAGAACAUCAUGAACACCGUGGAGGGGUCAUCGCCGCCGAUACGCGUAGAGAACAUGGUGGACCUGGAGACCAUAGAUAGCAAUUUCGUAUACAUUCGGAACAACAUAAUCGGCGAGGGAGUGCCCGAGCCGGAACCGUCCGUCCUGGGUUGCAAAUGCACGAGCGAAGACGGAGCCGAGGAGUGCACUGCUUCCACAAAGUGCUGUGCCCGCAUGGCCAGCGAAUUGUUUGCUUAUGAUCGAAGCACGCGGCGCCUGCGUAUUCGUCCUGGCAGUGCCAUCUUCGAGUGCAAUAGCCGCUGCUCAUGCGGUCCGAACUGCUCCAAUCGAGUGGUGCAGCAUGGACGCCAGCAUCCGCUGGUUCUGUUCAAGACCAGCAACGGGAGUGGUUGGGGAGUCCGCACACCGGUCGUACUGCGCAAGGGGGAGUUUGUGUGCGAGUACAUUGGUGAGAUCAUAACCAGCGACGAGGCAAACGAGCGCGGAAAGGCGUACGAUGACAAGGGCAGAACCUAUCUCUUUGACCUUGACUACAAUACGGCCCAGGAGAGCGAGUUCACCAUCGAUGCGGCCAACUAUGGCAAUAUCUCGCAUUUCAUUAACCACUCAUGCGAUCCCAAUCUGGCAGUGUUUCCCUGCUGGAUCGAGCACUUGAAUGUGGCGCUUCCCCACCUUGUAUUUUUCACGCUGCGUCAGAUUCGAGCUGGCGAGGAGCUGAGCUUCGACUACAUUCGGGCGGACAACGAAGAUGUGCCCUAUGAGAACCUAUCGACCGCUGCGCGCGUCGAGUGUCGCUGUGGGGCGGCCAAUUGCCGGAAGGUUCUUUUUUAAGGAUGGAACUGGACAUUCCUUAAAUACUUCUCCUUAGAUUGUUCACUGCCCCAUCGAAUUGUAUUUUUUUUUAUAUAUAUAUACAUACAUUUACAAUUAUUAGUUUUGGAUUCCAGCAAUACAAAAUAGAUCGAUUGACAUUUUAAAAAUUUAAUUUUUUAACUUUUUGCACCAAUUGCAAAUGGAAAUGACGGUGUUGAAUUGCUUUGAAUGUUAAGUUUGCAUUAGGACGUCACGAGAUGUGCUCGAGUAACCGAAGUAUAUACAUUAUCAUGAUUAUUUACUGAAUUUGACACCCAGAAAUUAUGUAUUUUAAUAAGUGUAUAAAUACUAAGCUUACAGUUUCCCAAUAAAUAUCUUUAUUAAUUAA